AUGGCUAAGCACACACCAUUUGAGGAGGGAGGUAGCAAGGAAGAACCAGCACCCAUGGCCAGCACCUCAGCGCUUGCCUACCUCCGAGCCAGUGCCCUAGUGCUUGCCUGUCUUUGGUCCAGCAUGCUAGGCACCUCUCCCAUCUCCCCUAACACCUUUGCCUUGGCGCCCAGCUUCCUAGGUGCCUUGGCCUUAGCGCUUAGCUACCUGGGUACCCUGCUCCCUAGGCACCUCCGCCUUGGUGCCUUGUUCCCCAAGAACCUUGACACACUCCUCCUCCAUGUCCAAGCACGGUGCCCUACUACUUGUUGUGUAGGCCUCUCCAACUACCGACACCUCCGUAGCCCUUGA